ACUGGGUCUGUUACGAGGACCGUCUGUCCGCACGUCCGCGCGCGCUUUUCAUUUCGCCGACACGAUUUUUCAGCCACGUAAGACUACCGAACGCGAGGCGAACCCCUAGACUGAAAAUCUAUAUACGAUAAACGGGAAAAAAGAACGUGACGAAAACGUAACUGAAACGCAACCGGUACAGAGAAAAAGACUACGCGUUUUCUGACGACAAACGAUAAAUAGAGAAUCUUCAUCGAGACGGAAAAAGAAACAUAAAAUGAAGGUGUACAUUUCGAACUUGUACACGGAUAAAAAAUGACAAAUGAGUGCAGAUAGAUCGUCUCUAUCGAAAUUGUACCGCACCGAUAUUAAGAUGACUGUUAGAUGAUCUUCGUGAUCUUUCCCCGGGUAUACAUUUGAAUAAGAAGAUCUGAAUAAUAGAAAUAAUCAUCAGUGCGUGACAAAUGAUGCAGAUAAAUGUACGUAGUUCGAAGUGUUCAAAAGACCAUCGCAGGGGUUUUUUAUGUGGGACAGGCGAUAAAAUACACGCGUGAUGUUUGACCAAGUGCUUGAGCUGAAGUAUCGGGAUCAGCAUCAGCAUCGGCAAACGGUUAUAAAAUAUUUCGUACCGCGUCCUAACAAGUUCGCCCAGUGAUGCAUCGUCAGAAAUAUUCGAACUCGAUAUAUCUGCGUUAUUACGCUUCAACUGCAAGGCUGAUAUAAUAGAACCAAAUUGUUGUGAUACCACAUCGAACGGAUAAUUAUUAUCGUUGAACGAGAAGCAAAAAGAAGUUACCAGAAGAAAGAUAAGAGAAAAAAAUAAAAUAAAAUAAAAAUAAAAAGCUGUAUCAACUGCAGCGGUCGCGGUUACUGCGCUGAAAAAUAAGGGAGGGAAUGUUGCUCGAGUCGCGAACUUUCGCCGGUAGGAAGAGACACGGACUGACAGCUCCGACAGGGACGAAUACGCGGGGCGGUGGCGCCGAAGAAGAAUCCUCCUGCUCGCGCCUCCACCUGCAGCAGGAGAAAAUGCAAGGUACGGAGGCAACGGCGACUACCGCUGUCCCCGGUAUCGCGGCGAGGUGCAACAGAUCGGGCGACGAGGGCGACGACAGCUCAAGCCCUUCGCCCAACAGUAGCAUUCCGGGAAUAUUGAAUAACCUCAAUAACAAUUGCAACUCGAACAGACCAUGCGCUACAGAUUUCAGCAUCGCGGCCAUCAUGGCGAGAAGGGACUCCAGGAAUCAACAGCAACAUCACCACGGAAGAAAUUCACAGCAACAAGCCGUCGGCGGUGGAAAAUUGCACCAGCAUGAAAGAGAACCAGGUGGUUCGGGAGUCGCGAGGGUGAGACCGCCUCCCUCCGAUCCGGCGGUUGACACGGAAGAGGAACCGGAAACCGACGACGCAGGGAGCAGCAGUGGCAAGGCUGCGUCUCCUACCAAUCCGCUGCUACAGGAACGAUCCAAUUGCGAGGAACUGAGACACGUCGUAUGUCACCUAGAGACGAAGGAACUCUGGGACAAGUUCAACAAGCUCGGCACAGAGAUGAUUAUCACCAAGACGGGACGGCGGAUGUUCCCGACCUGUCGCGUGUCCUUCAGCGGGCUGAGGGCGGAGGGUCGAUACGCGGUGCUGAUGGACAUCGUACCAGUGGACAACAAGAGGUACCGAUACGCCUACCACAGGAGCUCUUGGCUCGUCGCCGGGAAGGCAGAUCCACCGGCGCCGGCACGCCUCUACCUUCAUCCGGACUCGCCCUUCACCGGGGAACAGCUGCGCAAGCAGGUCGUCUCCUUCGAGAAGGUCAAACUCACCAACAACGAUUUGGACAAACUUGGGCACCUGGUGUUGAAUUCGAUGCACAAAUAUCAGCCCCGUAUCCACCUGGUGAUUCGUCCGGAUUCCGGUGCCGGAGGGCCCAUUUUGGACCUCGAACAGGAGCCCUAUAAAACGUUCGUCUUCCCCGAGGCCAUUUUCACAGCUGUCACCGCCUAUCAAAAUCAACUGAUAACAAAGUUGAAGAUCGACAGUAAUCCCUUCGCCAAGGGUUUCAGGGAUUCUUCUCGUCUGACCGAAUUCGAGAGAGAAACUAUGGAAUCGAUGCUCGCCGAGCAGCAAUAUCUGCGUUCGCCGCUUCGCUUGUCCUACGAAAUGGAACAACUUCAGGCCGGCACGGCGAGCAAUCUGAGUCUCGAAGAGAAGGCUCUCUUGGCCGCUCGUUCCCAACUUUUUCUUCGGGCGGCGGCAGCCACCGCAGUUGGGCCUUACGCGCCCCUCGUUAACCCCGCAUUGAUGUAUUCCGGCGCCGCUUCUUCGAGUCACCAUCAGCAGCAGCAGCAGCAGCAGCAACAACAACAGCAGCAACAGCUCGGCCAACUUUGGUGGGCAUCGUCGAUCGGCUCUACUCUUUUUGCCGCGGCGCAUCACCACCAACAACAACAAUUACAAGCUGCGGCAUCGAACGCCCAGCAGCAAGUAUCCGGCGGACCCGCAGCUCCCCGACCGCUUUAUCCUUCGGCCCUCGCCCUGGCGCACCACCGAUUUUCCCCGUAUCACACCUCGGCCGCAAAUCCCGUAGGAAUUUCCUCCUCCGCACCUUCCCCUUCGCCUUCCAGGAGGGCCACGCCCUCUCCGACCGACAGUCUCUGCCGCGAGGCACAGGAUCUCUCACCUUCGUAGUCCCGGCACGCAAUAUAUUCACAGUUGUACGGUCCUUCUGCGAUUCCUUGAUCGGCGGUAAGAAAAAAAACAAAAAAAACAAAAAAACAA